AUGAGGCACCUUGCAAUCCUUGCCGCCGCACUCGCGGCCGCCACGACGGCAGCGGCUGGGUGUACCAGAUGGAAAGUCGGACAAACAGUCAAGACAACAAGCGGCCCCGUGGGCGGACACGCGGCGUCUCUAGCCCCGGGUGUGUCUGAGUAUCUUGGAAUUCCCUACGCCGAGCCGCCGGUCGGGAGUCUUCGAUUCCAGCCUCCGGUCCGCUACAACGGGAGCAAGAAGAUUGAUGGCAAGAGCUUCGGUCCGGCGUGCAUUCCGUCCAACCUCAGCUCCUACGAUGCCGACUAUCCUGAGUCCUUGAUCCAAGAAUACGGAAUCACCGACGUCGGCCGCGCGAUUCUCAAGGAUCUCAUGAACCCUGGCCUUCCGGUCAGCGAGGAUUGCUUGACACUUAACGUGUGGACCAAACCGCAGACCGGGGAGAAGCGCAAGGCAGUCAUGGUCUUUGUCCACGGUGGAUCCUUUGUUUCUGGAAGCAGCAGGCUCCGGGACUAUUGGGGCCAAUACUUCGCCGAUCAGGAAGAUGUCGUCCUUGUCUCUAUCAACUACCGACUCACCAUCUUCGGCUUUCCCGGCGACCCGAACGGCACCCAGAACCUCGGCCUCCUGGACCAGCGCCUGGCCGUCGAAUGGGUCCGCGACAACAUCGCCGCCUUCGGUGGCGACCCUUCACGCAUCACCCUCUUCGGUGAAUCCGCUGGCGGCGCCUCGGUUGAUCACUAUUCCACCGCCUGGGCCUCCGACCCCAUCGUCGCCGGCCUGAUCUCCCAAUCCGGCACAGCCCAGGGCAUCAAGCCCUUGACCGCCGACGAGGCCGCCACCCUCUGGUACAACGCCACCUCCGCGGUCGGCUGCGGCACCGCCAACAGCACCUCCGCAGACGCCAUCCUCACCUGCAUGCAGUCCGUCCCGGCCUCCUCCAUCGUGCGCACCCUGUUCAACACGAUCUUCACGCCGUUCCCGCACCCGUACUCCCCGACGAUCGACGAGAAGAUCGUCUUCUCGAACCAGAGCGCCCUCCCGGCGGCCGCGGUGCCGCUGCUGAUCGGCAACAACGACAACGAGGGCGGCCUCUUCCGCGUCUUCGUGCCGGGCCAGGACAACGACACCAGCUUCUGGACGCAGGAGAACCAGGCCGAGUUCGUGUGCCCCGCCGCCGCCCGCGCCGCCCGCUCCGCCGUCACCGACGGCCACCCCACCUGGCGCUACCGCUGGUUCGGCGUGUUCCCCAACACGGAGCUGGCGCGCACCCCGCCGUCGGGCGCCUACCACAGCUCCGAGAUGGCCGUGCUCUUCGGCAACACCAACCAGACGCUUGUCGCCGACACGCAGGCCGAGCCGGCUAUCGGGAAGUACAUGCGCUCCGCGUGGGCCGCGUUCGCGAAGGAUCCCGCCAACGGGCUCAGCAAGCUGGGCUGGCCGCGGUAUCAGGCCGAGGGGGAGACGCUGGUGCGGAUUGGGUUCGAGAACCGCACGGGGACGAAUCUCGCCAAGGGGAACUUGUAUGAUACCGGGUGCUAA